AUGGAGCCGACGAGCCCGGUUGAGGAGACGACGCCGGAGUUUGAAGAGGAGGAGCCGAGUCCGGCUGAGGGGCCCCGCGUGGCUGUCAAGACGGAAGCGCCCCUUGCGGCGGAGGAGGGGCCGGUGGAUCAAGCGGCUGGGGAGGAGGAGGCAAAGGCGGAGGGGCGGGAGCGCGCCCAUGGGGCGGACACCAGCAGCUCGGAGGAAAAGAACGCGAAGAAGCGGAAGAAACAGGCGCGCCGCAAGGCGGAGCUCUUGGAGGAGGAGCGCCGCGCGGCGCAGGUGCGCUUGGAGGCGGAGCUGCAGCGGCGCAGGGAGGAGUCGGAGGAGCGCCGUGCCCGGCGGAGAGAAGAGAGCGAAGAGCGCCGACGAGAGUGGCGGCGGCAGCAAGAGGCGAUCAGCCGUCGCCAAGAGGAGUGGGCGGAGGAUGUCAGUCGCCGCAUGGAGGAGAUGCGCGACUACGUUUCGCGGUGGGCGCGCGAGGACCGCGAGAGGCGCCCGCAGCGGCGGGACUGGAAUGAUGAGAGGCGCCCGCAGCGGCGGGACUGGGAUGAUGACAGGCGCCCCCAGCGGCGGGACGCUGCCUCGCAUGGUGGUUGGUCGCGAGAUUCGCGGAGUUGGACGGAUGAUCGUGCGCGCUCCAGCGGCGAUGGUCCUGGGCGCUCCAGUGGCGAUGGUCGUGGGCGCCGGAGUGGCGGUAAAGGAGGCGCGCGCGGUUCCCGCGACUACGUGGGCAGGGAGUGGGACAUGCCGAUGCAUGAGCCGAUCGACCCCAAACGGGGGGGCGCAGUCACGAAAGUCGCCGUCAUGCUGCUGUGCUUCAAGGAGCACGGGUUGUGCGCGGAACUCGCAGAACUGGCCGACCGCUUCCAGGAGGAGCUCGACGCCCGGACGGAGGCAGUGCGACGAAACUCGUGGGCAGAGAAGCUGGGGCGCCUUUGUGUGGCGGUGGACCAGGAAGACGAGCGUGAAAUGUGGGAGCUCUACGACGAGUUCAAGAGCGCACCACAGUUGCGGGAUGCCAUGAACAACCGGUCAUGGCAGGCAUGGCGGCAGCGCGACAACGCGUAG